UUCAUUUUAGCUUGAAAGCACACCAAGCGCCGAACUGCUGGGCCAUCUUGCUGUCCAUUCAGGAGUCGUAGAAAAUCAUAUCAUAUAGUAACGGUAAAACUGAUUACUUGCUGCUUUUGAAUUAAAAUAAAGGCCAAUCAUGCAAGCAGGUCUGUGUCUUCUUGCUGCACUAACCACAGUUUAUUUUCUGUCGAGUUCUGUGGGCGCGUAUCACGUCCCCAGAUGUCUUCAAAGGAAAGAAGUUGGGCCGUGCAGAGCGAAUAUACCACGUUAUUUCUAUAACCGUGUCUCUAAAAUGUGCGAAUUAUUUUACUAUGGAGGUUGCCAUGGCAACAGCAACAAUUUUGCGACUCUGGACAAAUGUGAGCGAAGUUGUGUUCCAAGAUGUUUUCAAACGAAGUAUUUUGGGCAGUACAAUAAAGAAAGUAUUGCACAACAACGGUUUUACUACAAUCGAUUCUCUAAACAGUGCGAACCUUUCCACUAUGGUGGACGGCGAGGCAACGACAACAAUUUUAGGACUUCAAGCGAGUGUCAGCGAAGAUGUGAUAUUUGCUCUCUUAAACGAGACCCUGGUUACUGCAAGGGUCACUUCCCAAGAUAUUACUAUGAUUCUGUGUCAAAGUCUUGCAAAAUGUUCAUAUAUGGCGGUUGUGGAGGAAACAUGAACAACUUCAAGAUUCGUCAGACUUGUGAAGCCAGAUGUCAACCAAAAACGGAAACCAAGCAUAAGUCAUGUGCCAUUCGUUGUCCCAGAAAACGACUGCCUCCAGUGUGUGGAUCAGAUGGCAAAACAUAUCCCAAUUACUGCAUAUUGAAAGAAACCGCUUGUAGACUCGGACAAAAUAUCACGUUUGUUCACACAGGACCUUGCAGAACUGAGCCGAAGACGUGUGCCUUUCCUUGUCCUAGAAAACGACUCCCUCCAGUAUGUGGAUCAGAUGGCAAAACAUAUCCCAAUUACUGCAUAUUGCGAGAAAAGGCUUGUAAACUCGGACAAGAUAUCACGUUUAUUCACAAAGGACCUUGCAAAACGAAGUCGAAGACCUGUGCCAUUCGUUGUUCCAGAAAACGACUCCCUCCAGUAUGCGGAUCAGAUGGCAAAACAUAUCGCAAUUACUGCAUGCUGAAAGAAACCGCUUGUAGACUGGGACAAAAUAUCACGUUCGUUCACAGAGGACCUUGCGGAACUAAGCCAAAGACGUGUGCCGUUCGUUGUCCCAGAAAACGACUCCCUCCAGUAUGUGGAUCAGAUGGAAAAACAUAUCGCAAUUACUGCAUAUUGAAAGAAACUGCUUGUAAACUCGGACAAGAUAUCACGUUUGUUCACAGAGGACCUUGCAAAACCAAGCCGAAGACGUGUGCCGUUCCUUGUCCCAGAAAACGACUCCCUCCAGUAUGUGGAUCAGAUGGGAAUACAUAUCCUAAUUAUUGCAUAAUGAAAGAGACUGCUUGUCAGUUUGGACAACGUAUCAGAGCUCAUGGCUUAGGACAUUGCAAACCAAAGUGCCAAACUAAAUGCACAAUGGAAUACAAUCCUCAAUGUGGUACAGAUGGUAAAACAUAUGGUAACCCGUGUCAACUGAAAGCCACUUUGUGUGAGAGUGAUGGAAAAGUGAGACUGGCUCAUCAUGGAGAGUGCAAACCAAAGACGAAGCCAACGUGUCUCGUUGCUUGUCCCGCAAUAUUACUUCCUUCAGUAUGUGGAUCAGAUGGCAAUACAUAUCCCAAUUACUGCGUAUUGGAAGAGACUGCUUGUCAAUUCAAACAGAACAUCACGGUUGUAGACAAAGGACCUUGCAAACCAAAGUGCCAAACUGCAUGCACACUGGAAUACAAUCCUCAAUGUGGUACAGAUGGUAAAACAUAUGGUAACCCGUGUCAGCUGAAACUCGCUUUGUGUGAGAGUGAUGGAAAAGUGAGACUGGAUCAUCAUGGAGAGUGCAAAACUAAGAAGAAGACGUGUGCCGUGGUUUCUCCCAAUAUACUGCUUCCUCCAGUGUGUGGAUCAGAUGGCAAUACAUAUCCCAAUUACUGUAUAAUGGAAGAGACUGCUUGUUAUUUCAAACAGAACAUCACGGCUGUAGGCAAUAGACCUUGCAAACCAAAGUGUCGAUUAGCAUGCACACUGGAAUACAAUCCUCAAUGUGGUACAGAUAGUAGAACAUAUGGUAACCCGUGUCAAUUGAAAUUUGCAUUGUGUGAGAGUGAUGGGGGAGUUAAACUGGCACAUCAUGGGAAGUGUGAAAUUAAGCCAAAGAAGUGUCUCGUUGGUUGUCCCAGAAUAAUACUCCCUCCAGUUUGUGGAUCAGAUGGCAACACAUAUCCCAAUUACUGCAUAUUGGAAGAGACUGCUUGUCAAUUCAAACAGAACAUCACGGUUGUAGGCAAAGAACCUUGCGAACCAAAGUGCCAAACUAAAUGCACACUGGAAUACAAUCCUCAAUGUGGUACAGAUGGUAAAACAUAUGGUAACCCGUGUCUACUGAAAGUCGCCUUGUGUGAGAGUGAUGGAGAAGUGAGACUGGAUCAUCAUGGAGAGUGCAAAACUAAACCAAAGAAGUGUCUCGUUGCUUGUCCCAAAAUAAUGCUUCCUUCAGUAUGUGGAUCAGAUGGCAAUACAUAUCCCAAUUACUGCAUAUUGGAAGAGACUGCUUGUCAAUUCAAACAGAACAUCACGGUUGUAGGCAAAGAACCUUGCGAACCAAGGUGCCAAAUUGCAUGCACAAAAGAAUACAAUCCUCAAUGUGGUACAGAUGGUAAAACAUAUGGUAACCCGUGUCAACUGAAAGCCACCUUGUGUGAGAGUGAUGGAAAAGUGAGACUGGAUCAUCAUGGAGAGUGCAAAACUAAACCAAAGAAGUGUCUCGUUGCUUGUCCCAAAAUAAUGCUUCCUUCAGUAUGUGGAUCAGAUGGCAAUACAUAUCCCAAUUACUGCAUAUUGGAAGAGACUGCUUGUCAAUUCAAACAGAACAUCACGGUUGUAGGCAAAGAACCUUGCGAACCAAGGUGCCAAAUUGCAUGCACAAAAGAAUACAAUCCUCAAUGUGGUACAGAUGGUAAAACAUAUGGUAACCCGUGUCAACUGAAAGCCACCUUGUGUGAGAGUGAUGGAAAAGUGAGACUGGAUCAUCAUGGAGAGUGCAAAACUAAACCAAAGAAGUGUCUCGUUGCUUGUCCCAGAAUAAUGCUUCCUCCAGUAUGUGGAUCAGAUGGCAAUACGUAUCCCAAUUACUGCAUAUUGGAAGAGACUGCUUGUCAAUUCAAACAGAACAUCACGGUUGUAGGCAAAGAACCUUGCGAACCAAAGUGUCGUAAUUACUGCACACUGGAAUACAAUCCUCAAUGUGGUACAGAUGGUAAAACAUAUGGUAACCCGUGUCAACUGAAAGUCGCCUGGUGUGAGAGUGAUGGAGAAGUGAGACUGGAUCAUCAUGGAGAGUGCAAAACUAAACCAAAGAAGUGUCUCGUUGCUUGUCCCAGAAUAAUACUUCCUCCAGUAUGUGGAUCAGAUGGCAAUACAUAUCCCAAUUACUGCAUAUUGGAAGAGACUGCUUGUCAAUUCAAACAGAACAUCACGGUUGUAGGCAAAGAACCUUGCAAACCAAAGUGUUCAGCGAUUUGCACCGAGGAAUACAAUCCUCAAUGUGGUACAGAUGGCAGGACAUACUCAAACCCGUGUACCUUUAAACAAGCUCAAUGUGAAAGUGACGGGAAGAUUCGAUUGGCCCAUCAUGGAGAAUGCAAAGUGCCUGUGGAGGUUUAAAGAACGAAGGGAUGCUGAUGAGUUUUUAUUAGUGUCUAGUUUCGUACAGUGUGCCUUACUUUAAUUAUCAUUGUUCAAAGAUUUUUCAUGAUGCUUUAUGAAUGCCUUUUAUUGUGUUAGCUGUUCAAUUGUAGCCUGUAUUAAAAACUGUAUUAUGUCUUAUUUUUUCCAAAUACAUGUUCUAGUCUUUAG